GUAAAGUAGACAUGCACCAGUGAAUCUCUUUCUCCCUGUUUUAAUUUUCAUCUCUGUUAUCUCUUCUCAUGUCCCACUUCACCAGUUGCGGUAAAUUCAAUCGCUCUCCCGAGAUUUCCUCUGUUUCCCCAAAAUCCAUUCCUAUAAGUCUAUUAGAAUACUUUCUCUGAUAUUCCUUCUUCCUUGUUCUUAUCGUGUACUUUUUCUUUCUUCAUUUGUACACAUCUUUUGCACUCCUACUUUAUUGAGCCAUAAAACAAUCACUUCAGUUCCCAUGGCUUCCGUAAACCCCAUAAUCUUAGCAUGGGGUUCCGGAGAAGAUGGGCAGUUGGGUAUUGGCGACAACGAAGAGAAAGAAUGGGUUUGCGCUGUCAAGGCUCUUGGGUCUGAGAGGGUUUGCUUUGUUGUCGCCGGGAGUAGAAACUCGCUUGCCAUUUGUGAAGAUGGAAAACUGUUUACAUGGGGAUGGAAUCAGAGAGGAACAUUAGGCCACCCACCAGAAACUAAAUCUGAAAACAUUCCUAGUCAGGUUAAGGAUCUUGUUAAUGUGAAGAUUGUGCAAGCUGCAAUUGGUGGGUGGCAUUGUCUGGCUGUUGAUGAUCAUGGCCGUGCUUAUGCCUGGGGUGGCAAUGAAUAUGGACAAUGUGGUGAGGAACCUGAGCGGAAAGAUGAUAACAAUAGGACUCUCAGAAGGGAUAUUGUCAUUCCUCAGCGUUGUGCCCCAAGACUUACAGUUCGCCAGGUUUGUCAAUUUAACUUUUAUCAGAAUAAAUUAUAGGAAUCCUCUUGCUCC